AGUUUUAAAUAAGCUUGAAAAGAAAAUGAAAGGGUUUUUUUUUUUUCUUUUCUUUUUUAUUUAAUAAUUAAGGUUCUCUCAUUUUGAGUAUUAUAUUAAUAGUUAGAAGAUUUGUGUUAUUGGGAUUUUGUUUGUGUUGAAAAAAUUUAAAUAAAAAAGGCCAUGUGGGGAGCAGAGAUGUGGUGCACAUGGAUUUGGCAAAUUCCAAAGCCUUUGAGGUUUUGAAAAAAAUGAUAUUAAUGGGAAACAAGACCUUUGCUUUUCUCAAGGGAAUCAUCAGUUGCAGAUAAGAACAAGGUGUUUGGUAGCUGAGAAAACACAAGAAAAAAUAAUUCCCUUUCAAAGUCACAUAUCAAUCAAUAGGCUUCUUCUUUGAUAAUCUUGGAUCAACAAAAAUCACAAAAAUAGAAAGCUAAAGGUCAGACCUUUUUUGUGCUCUAAAAAAGGUCUCUUUUUGGCUCUAAAAAAACCACUCUUUUCACCUUCUUAUAUAUCAAAAACACCCUUCUUUCUCUCUUUCUUAUGGAAAAAACACCAAAAAAUCACAUAUUUCACUCAAUGCUAAACCUACUAGUCCUUUUUCCUUCACUAUGUUUAGGUUGGUUUCUAGGGUUUGGACUCACUCCACUCCUCAUAACCUUCCUAAUUUUGAUUCUCUCAACAAUUUUUCUCCUCAGCUUGACCAAAAAAAUCAUAACUUUAGAUGAAAACCCAACUGGGAUUUUACUAGAAAAAGAGCUAAAAACCCAAGUAGUGGAGUUUGAGAAGCUAAAAAGGUAUGAUUAUGAGCCAAGUUUAGAAUCCAUAUCAGAAAAUGGUCAAAUCCAAUAUGAAGAAAGUGAAGGCAGUGUUGACUCAGAAAUAAGUCAAAGUUUUGAGCUCAAUUGGAUGUGUUCUUCUUCUCCCAAUCUUGAACAAGAUUUUUCAAUCUCAGACUCUUCUUUCUCAGAUGAAGAAGAAGAUUAUGAUAAUCUUAUUGAGAUUAGUUUGCCAGGGAGAGAUUCAAGUGGCCUUUUAGAAGAAGAUGAAGAAGAACAUGAGUCAAAGCAAAAAUUGCAACCAAAUUUUUCAGAAGCCAUUUUCAAUCAACAAGGUCUUAUGGAGCUUUUGGCAGAUAUUAAUGAGAUGAAUGAAGAGGAAAAUCUUAUUGAGAUUGACAUCUCUAUGGGGUCUAUAAAGUGUCCAAGGAUUGAGAUCAAGGCAUGACCUUUUCAAAGUUCUUGAAUCAAGUAAUCAAUUCAUAUAUUUUUCUUUUUUUUUUCUAAGUGUAUGUUUAAAGCUAGUUAAGAAAAGUUUUUAGGUUAUUGGAAUUUUAUUUUAUUUUUUCACUUUUUGUGAUGAUAAAUCAUAAGAUUGCUCAGCUGACUUCUUUUUUCAUUUGAAAACAUGGGCAUUUCUCUUAAGUUUUUUAGAAAAUAAAUAAAUGAAAUCUAAGAGAAUAUGUUCAUUAAUCU